AUGACAGACAGAAAUAAGAUUAAGAAAACAAGGAAAAACGACGACAAUCUUCCCAACAUAAGACAAUAUCAGUUUAGCCCCGAGCAUCACGCAUCGAAAUAUCACCGAAAAGAAAAUCGUUACGUAAGCCGAAGCCAAAGUUAUGGUCGUGAUUCGUAUAAAAUCAGGCCUUGUAAUGUGAGAUCGCCUUUUCCGGAUUUUCCGUAUCAUCCGUUUUCACAUUAUAGUAGUACCGAAUCGUUAACCAGCUGUUGGUCCAAUUGCACAACUUUAGAAGAAGAUCAACUCGUAUAUCCUGCUCGUUCGGUUCCUGACCUCGAUCAAGUCGGAGACAUGGUGACAAGAAAAUUCAAAAAGGGUUCGGUUUACGAAACGCUGGCCACCAAGAGCGGGCUAGAUUUUGCUCCAGUAAUUCAAGGUCGGCCAUACUGGGAAAGAAGAGAGCAGCACACCGAGGAGUUUGCCCAUAACCGAAAGUUAAUAAAUAACAAAUGUGACGUAAACAUACGGCACGAGACGGAAAAAAUAACAAAGAAAGUGUCUCCCGGUAUCCAUUGUAAGUAUCAGAAAGACGAAGAAAAGCAAAUAUCACCUCCACCUCCACCAGUUCGAAAUUCAUCCAGUCUCAAGUACAUCCGACACCAACCCCAAACGCACGAAAAGUAUCCGUCUUGGCCAGCUGUUCCCACAUCCGAGUCGGAUUCUUCCAAUUCCGCAUUAUCGUCUUCAAAAUCAUCUCCAGCUGCUACGAGUCACCGUUCUAAUUCUUGGACGGAACAAACUAAUUAUCCCAAGGAAAGGAUAGCUUACUGUCGACCUAAAAAAUGUUAUAAGAUAUCUCCAAAUCAAUUACAGCCCGUAUUGGAAAGAUCGGUUCUGGAAAACGGCAAUCGACAACAAAAACACGAAGUAGGUAAUUUAGAAAAUUCCCUGAAAGAGGCUCUACACUCUGAUCCCAUAGAUUUGGAUAGCUUGUGUAGAUCAUAUUACCCACGCCAGACAUUAACUGUUUCUCGUGAUUACAAUAUCCAUUCUCCUCCGGAACGUGAUGUGCCAAGACCAACCGUUCACGAUAGAACUCGUAAACACCCGGAAAACAAUCAAUCGUGUUACUGGAAUAAUGGACCCGAUAGUUGCACCCCUCUUCUGGAUAGAUUGAGACUGGAGAGUGAAGUAAUGCCUUCUAACUGGUCACCUCAAGUAGAAUUGGAAACACCCAGCGAAACGGGAAACGAGAGCGUGGACGGCAGUAACAGCAGCCAGGAAACAUUAAAAUGGCACGGUUCUUGCAGCGAUCUUAGUUGUUCCAAUAAAUCAUCCAUUUUUGAUAGCGGCCGAUCUACUCUUCCAGACAGAUUAUCUCCUCAGUCAUGCGAUAGCAGCACAUCACAGAUCGUUCACAGUUCACGAGUGGAGCCCGCUCAGAGGCACGAUUCCGAAAGUGUACUUUAUUACCUAUCACCCGUAAGAAGUAACAAAAACGACGACAGAAAGAACUUUUCCACUUCCUUCCCAGGAUUUUCUAGAAACGGAUGCGACUCUAAUUACUAUUCCACUCCAGAUAACAUCAGCAAACUAAAAGUUUCCGAGCGAUCUUGCGACAUCAAUAGAUUGAAACACGAAAAUGAAUGCGAAACGAAGCAUCAGAAGUAUCAAUAUUUGGAUCCGGAAAAGAGACAUCGCAUAUCCGAUCCGGAAUUAAAAGCCAUUCAGAAACAAGCAGUUUUGUCUUUCUAUCACAGACAAACAGCUGCACAAACAAACACAUCGAACGGAGGAGACAUGCCCGUUCCCCACGAAUCUCCUCCAAUUUCACCAGGAAGAAUGAAAUGGAAUCAGUGGGGAGAUAAUAAACUGGAUAAAGUACCCGAACAUGCAGUUUUGGCCACGGAUCCACUCUCGAGAACAACCAUUAGAGGUAAUAAGACUCCAGAAGAAUUCAGAAAUUUGGAGAAUCAAUUAAGUUUAUCCGUUCCAAACUUGAACGAAGUAGCUCUUCCUCAUCAUCAAAUAUCUAGUCAACAAACUACGGGGAUUAGAAGUCAAUCUUUUAUGGAUGAACCUAUCAAUUCGCAUAAUGUUCAGGAAUCGAAAGACCGACCUCCAGACAGUUCUUCGGCCGCCAGUCAUCAGCAACAACAAUCUCCGAGCUACAAACAACCUCGCAAAGUUCAACUGAAAGAAGUUCAUCAUUGCAACGACAAAUCGGUGUUUCAAGUCAUUACAACCGAUGGCGUAACUAUAGCAGAAUCGUUGAAAAACAGCCAAACUGUACAGAAACUGGGAAAUGGAGAAUAUCCGACCAUCCCUCCCAAACGCAUUAACAAACCGGUUCCCCAACCUCCUCGUCCGGUUUCUUCACGAAGACCCCCUCCUCCCGUACCUUCCGAUCACGAAGAGGACGAUGCUGAAUUACUCCGUAUCGAAGAAUCGUCUAAGCAAUCGGAUGGUCCACCCUCAUUAGCAAACACCAAACCCGAAAGAACGACUCCCGUUGAUUCUUCCCUCCCUUCGAAUUGUUCCAGUCCCGAUUUACCUCUUCCUCCUCCUCCGUCGACUACGGAAACUGAAGUACAUCAUUCGGACGAACCAUUACCUCCUCCUCCGGAAUUUGAAGUCAAAACGUCGUCCGCAAACACGCCCACAAUGAGGGAUAGGAACAGACCGUCGGUGAAAAAUUUCUUGGAAACUGCAUGCCCGAAUUCGAUCCCGAAUCCCCUAGAACGAAGCCAAGCCGUGAAUGCGCAAGUAUCCAGUCAACGGAAUUCUAAUUUUCCUGAAGGAACGAAACAUAAAAACGAAGAAGAAAGUAGAAUUCAUCCCACCGCUGCGGAAGAGAGAGAAUCUGAAUCGGUGACGAUCGAGACACAAAUAAAUUCGUCCGCCGGUUCCGGCCUCGAUCGUUCGCGAUUAUCAGGAUUCGACAAUACAGAAUCUGAUUCGAAUCUCCAAAGUUCGUCUUCCGUAACGAAUGCGGGAGAAGACUCCUUCGCCACCGAGAAAAUGGAGGAUACGUCGGAAAAUUCGAAGACGGAGGAGACGACAGAUCGAGUUCGAGUCGAAGUAUGUCUGACAAACAGCGCCACUCAAACGUCGGAGACGCCUCGACUAGCCAGGAAAAUCACAAAGAGCCGCGAAGAACUGGAAUGUGAACGACUCUCCAGGGAUUUCGUCGAAUGUUGUGGCGACUCUCUUCUUAAAAGUUUAUUAGUGCCAGCUUCGGAUCAAAAGACCAUGCUAGACUAUAUGGCGGGACUACUAGAUUUGGAAACAGAAAACAACGGAGAGACGGCACUCAGAAAUCAUCCUCGUAGACAAUUACAGCUAGGCAGAGCGAGUGAUAAAUGCCAGCCAAAACCAGCGAUCAAUGGAUGGUGGGAAUCAUCCGGAAUGCCCCUCGAUAGCCCAUAUUUUUCCGUAAUAGAGCCGAAAGCAAAGUUAUUAACACGUUACUGCCGAGAAGUUACUAAGUACGAAUGGAUAAAUGAAGCGGAAUUAAAUAAAAAGAAGGACGAAUUAAUAGCUAGCAUAGGAAGGAAACUGGAAAUGUUAAGAAUGGAGCAGCUAGCUAUCAAGGACGAAGUAGCUCAAAACGAGGAGUUAGGCCGAGAAGUGACGUCGAAGGUGGAACAACUAGCUAAACCCAACGAAGUAGAAAAAUUUCGACUACACGUCGAGGAACUGGAGAAAAUCAUCAAUCUGUUACUCUCUCUGUCCGGUAGAUUAGCAAGGGUUCAGAAUGCGUUGAUGAAUUUACCUAAAGAAGCCAGCAAAGAAGAAAGAAUGCUUCUGGAAGCCAAGAGAAACAAGCUAAGCGAACAGCACGAAGAAGCCAGGCACCUUAAAGAGAGCAUAGAUCGAAGAAGCCAACAGGUUUCCACUUUCUUACAUAAAUAUCUGCGGGACGACGAAUACUCCUAUUACGACCACUUCGUGAAGAGAAAGUCGAGAUUGCUUAUCGACGUUCGAGAAAUCGACGAAAAGAUCAAACUAGGGGAGGAACAGCUAGCGGCGCUCAGAAACAAUGCCGAUUCGCAUCUGUGGACGCAGUUACAAUCAAACUUGGAUCUUUCUACUAGCCAGGUCCAGUUGUGUAGGACUUGAAAUGUAUAGUAAUAACCGUUGUAUGUUGUCGAUUAAGACGAGAGGGGAAAAAACAUAUAUAUAUAAAAUCGAUUCUCCUGCUAUUUGGCGAAUAUCCCGCUGGUUUCGGGCGAGCCAAAUGGUAGUGACGAUAAAUACAUAUCUGGCAAUACUGAAGAAAUGGAAAAGGCCUUAAAAAAUUUUAGACCAAAACUUAGUCUGUUGUCGUAAAUUCGAGAAAAUUAUAUUUGUUUAGAAGAGUCGAUCCCGUCAUCGUCGUUCUCGUUUCUACUCUGUGACGCGAUAUAAACUGUCGACCCGCCUUAGUAAGUGAUCUAUUCCCAAAAACUAUUCGAAGCAGUUGGAAGAAUUACGAGUGUAAAUCUAUUGUUUUUAUUAAUCCGGAAUUUUAAAAGUAAUUUUUUUCGACCGAUGGUUUUAUUUAACUCCCUGUAAAUAUGAACAAGAAGCCAAACGUGCCGAUCGACGAUAUUCUAAAGCUGUUUGCAAGCGAGCUACUUUGUUGAAGAAGACCGAAAUUCGUGUACAGAUAAAAACAGUCGUCGUAUGUAAAACGCUGAACGAAAGUUGUACAUUGUAACCGAUAACAAUCAUUUUUACUUAAAAAAACAAAAUGGGAUUUAAAAAUCGUACGCUUGUAAAUAAAUGCGGCCAUCGGUAAUUUGGAAUACAGCUGCAGAAUGAUAAAAAUAAAACGUUAAACAGUGAUUUA